CGGGCAAAAAAUCCUCCAUCAGUUUCGGCAAGUCGUGGUCGGCGUCAAAGGCAGUAACGAUGGACCGGUGGCUCGAGCGCACGUGGUCCAAUUUGGUUGGGGCGUUCAGGGGAGGGUCUGCAUCGACGGGGCCGGCGCAUGGAUCGUCGUCUGCUCCGCCAUUGGGUCGCCGCGCGUCAACGUCGCUCACGUCGGGUGCUGCGGCGUGCACGGGAUGCCGGCGGUCGCUGCCACCGACCCAUACUCGCCGCCAUCACAGCCGAAAUGCGAGCGCUGCGUCGCCCACGUCACGAAUGCUCCUACGGCGGAGUGACGAGUUCCAAACACUGCGCACGUACGACAUGGAUCGGUCGGUCCACGUCGCGAGGAGAUAUCCUCGGUUCACUUUCGUCAUGGAUGAACAUCCCAUUCGUUCGCUGGAGCCCACGAUUGGUCCCAACACGGCGACCCUUCUCCAUUUUGUGGCGCAUCUCAUCGGACAAAUCGAUCGAGCGAUCACGGCCGGAGAAAUCUCAACCACCAAGCAUGGCCGCAAUUGGGUCAACCGCCUCCAUGGACAAAUACUCGUCUCCCUGCAAGGAGGGCCAUCUCCGAGCCUCCCAUCGUCGCCCUCCACGGCGGUCCUCGACAUCCACGCAGCGCUGCAAGCGCAGCUCGACGCGCAGGAUAUUUUGCUGGACGCGACGUGGCAGGCCUGGCUCGACAGGGAAUGGAGCCGCAUCCUACAGUUAGCGUCGAUGCCGCAUGGGUCUCCGUCGUUAGCCAGUCGAAAGAAGCUCCUCGUAUUGGACUUGGAUCGCACAUUAUGGUUUCGAUCGUACCGACCAUUCGACACGGCAGACUUUGUUGCGGUGUACGAGCUGCCUCAAUCCCACUCAAGCAGCUCCAUAUACGUAUCGAUUCGGCCCGGCGCGCAAUUUUUGCUCGACUCCGUCGCGCCGUUCUACGAUAUUGCUGUGUUCACGGCCAGCGAUCGCAGAUGCACAGACGAUCUCGUUGACCUCGUUGACGCCAAGCGCUUGAUCAAGUAUCGGUUGUACCGGGACGCUUGUACUACAGACGUUGCAGAUCCGUCGAUCCUGCGCAAAGAUUUGUCCCUUACUGGCCGUCCGUUGUCGGAGGUCGUGGUUGUCGACGACAACCCGACCGCUUGGGUGGCGUCCGUCGAAAACACGAUCAUUUGCAAGCCGUAUGGUGGCAACCACCGGGACGUCGAAAUGUACAGCUUGACCCAUCAGCUGCUUGCGCUGCACGAUGUCGCGGACGUCCGCAUGCACCUUGCUCACCUGCCUCGUGGCCAAACCCCCCACGUGGCGUAGCGUUCCUCCACCGCGAUCUCCUCGUUUCAUCGCGUUCCUUGAUUCCUCUGUACACUACGACUGCCCUCAACCAACCCCCCCCCUCGCCGUAUGAAAACG